CAUGUUGGUUGAUACUAGUUCUGAUCAUCGUUCUUUUAGUAUGGCCUCAAGACUGGUUGUCUCUAGACGAUGCCUUCCUAGAUUCAGAUGUCUGAUUGUCUUAAUGAUUGUGCCAGUUUGUUUUACAAUGAUCUUUAACCACUAUGAAAAGAUCACUUACUUUUUGCGGCCGCUUUGGGACACACCUCCACGCCCAUUGACGUACGUUCCACACUAUUAUGCAGAAAAUGCUUCUUUGGCCACCUUAUGCCGCCUUCAUGGAUGGACCUUACGCUCUGAACCCCGAAGGGUCUUUGAUGCUAUCAUAUUCAGCAAUGAAUUGGACUUACUUGAAGUUAGAUGGGGUGAACUCUAUCCUUAUGUCACCAAGUUCAUCAUUCUUGAAUCUAAUGCAACGUUUACUGGUAUGCCAAAGGCCCUCACUUUUGCUUCAAAUCGUGAACGGUUUUCAUUUUUCGAGGAUAAAAUUGUUUAUGGUUUUCUCCCUGGGAAAUUAGCAUCCGGCGGACAGCGUAUUAAUCCAUUUUCAGUGGAAGGACAUCAUCGAUUUUCCAUGAAUGAAUUGAUUAGUAGUUCUGGUAUCUCUAAUGGUGAUCUUCUUAUUGUAGCAGAUACUGAUGAGAUCCCAAGUGGAAACACCAUUAAGCUACUUCAAUGGUGUGAUGGUAUUCCACCAGUGUUGCAUCUUGAUAUGAAAAAGUAUUUGUAUUCUUUUGAAUUCCCAACGGAUCCCACCUGGAAGGCCACAAGCCAUAUAUAUCAUCAGCAUACUCGAUAUAUGCAUUCACGACAAACAGAUCUUGUACUUUCUGAUACAGGAUGGCACUGCAGCUUCUGCUUCAAGUAUCUGAGUGAGUUUGUGGUCAAAAUGACAUCAUACAGCCACGCAGACCGUGUGAAAAACAAAGAACACUUGGAUCACUCUAGAAUCCAGCAAAAGAUUUGUAACGGAGAUGAUCUUUAUGAUAUGUUGCCUGAAGAAUACACUUUCAAGAACUUGAUUGGAAAGAUGGGAUCAAUACCCCAUUCAGCUUCAGCAGUUCAUCUACCAACCUACUUGAUAGAAAAUGCAGAAAAGUUCAAGUUCCUUCUUCCUGGGGGUUGUCUUCGCCCUCCCGAUUGAAACCUUAUUGUCAAAAAAUCCUCUUAAGUAGCUCUCCUAGAUCUUCAUGAGGAUAAGUACCGUU